AUGAGCGAUCAGCCUGGUAAGGCCGCCGCCGCGGCGCCGCCUACGGGCCGCAUAUCGAAGAAGAGGCCCAAGGAGCUGUAUCCCAUGGUGCCGUGGAAAUACGACCUCUUCCUCUGGGUCAUGGGUGUGCUGGUCGACCUCUUCUUCCGCGAGGUUCACCCCCGAGGCACGUGGAAGGUCCCACGGACCGGUCCCGUUCUCUUCGUCGCCGCGCCGCAUGCCAACCAGUUUGUUGACGCCCUCGUGCUGUACCGAACCCUACGCAACGAGGCCGGCCGUCGCGUGAGCCUGCUGAUCGCCCAGAAAUCUGUUCACGGCUUCAUCGGCUGGGGCUCGCGCCAGGUCGGCUCCGUGCCUGUUGGCCGCCCUCAGGAUGCCGCGAAGCCUGGCACCGGCACCAUCUACCUGCCCGACCCCGACAACGACCCGACGCUGAUUCGCGGCGUCGGUACAAAGUUUGGCGAGGGCGAGGGCGAGGUCGGCGGCAUGCUGUUCCUGCCCUCGACCAAGGGCCACACGGGCGCCAGCAUUGACAUUGCCGAGAUCGUCAGCCCCGAGGAGAUUCGCAUCAAGCGCGCGUUCAAGGGCAAGAUUCCCAUGCGCCAGCUGACGGGCCGUGACGACGGUGCCGGCAGCGGCCUCUCGGAGGAGUUCCAAGGCACAAAGUACAAGCUCGCGCCCAAGGUCGACCAGACCAAGGUGUAUGAAGCCGUCUUCAACCGUCUGGGACACGGCGGCUGCGUCGGCAUCUUCCCCGAGGGCGGCAGCCACGACAGGACGGAGCUCCUGCCGCUUAAGGCCGGCCUCGCCAUCAUGGCGCUGGGUGCCCUCGCCGAGGACCCCGACAUUGGGCUGAAAAUCGUGCCGGUCGGCAUGAACUACUUCCACGCGCACAAGUUCCGGUCGCGGGCUGUCAUUGAGUUUGGCGCGCCGUACGAGAUCCCGAAGCGCAUCAUCGACAUGUAUCGCAACAACCAGAGACGCGAGGCGAUUGGCGAGCUCCUCGACACAACGCACCAGAUUCUCAGCGCCGUCACCGUCUCGACACCCGACUACGACACGCUCAUGCUCAUCCAGGCGGCGCGGCGGCUCUACAACCCCACUGGCAAGAAGCUGCCGCUGCCGGUGGUCAUUGAGCUCAACCGGCGACUGGCGCUGGGCUACGAGCGGUACAAGGAUGACGAGCGCAUCGUGCACCUGUCCAAGGCGGUCAAGGAGUACAACCGGCAGCUGCGCUACGUCAACCUGCGCGACCACCAGGUGCAGUACGGCAAAAUGUCGACGCCCAAGGUCAUCCUGACGCUCAUCUACCGCAUCGGCAAGCUGCUGACACUGCUCGUCGGCGUGCUGCCGGGCCUCAUUCUCUUCGCGCCCGUCUUCAUUGCGGCCAAGGUCAUCUCGAUCCGCAAGGCUAAGCAGGCGCUCGCCGGAUCGACGGUCAAGAUCCAGGGCCGCGACGUCAUGGCGACGUGGAAGCUGAUGGUCGCCAUCUUCUUCGCGCCGACGCUGUACAACUUUUACUCGGCCGUCGUCACGUGGCGCGUCUACGUCGACCACCUCUGGGGCACGGUGCCGGCGUGGGUGCCGUGGUGGACGGCGUACCUCGUCAUGUGGCCGCUCAUGGUGGGCAUCAGCUUCGCGGCGCUACGCUUUGGCGAGGUGGGCAUGGAUAUUUUCAAGUCGCUGCGGCCGCUCGUGCUGUGCCUCAACCCGGCGUCGAGCUACAACAUUCACCACCUGCGCGAACGCCGCGCACAGCUCAGCACGGAGGUCACGGACGUCAUCAACACGCUGGGGCCCGACAUGUUUCCCGACUUUGACAAGACGCGGCUCGUGGCAGACUCGCAAGGCAGCAGCCGAGGCACGGCAGCCACAGCAGAUGGCCGGCCCUCGACGCCGCCAUAUCAGCAGCAGCAGCAGCAGCCAUAUGGUCAGCGACGCGACAGCGAUGCGUCAAGCAACUACGAUGCGCAGACACCGCCGUCGCUCGGACGGCGCAACACGACCAUGUCGAGCCGCGGGCUGCCGCGCAACGAGUCGUUCAGCAACAUUGGCGGCGUGGGCAUCUUCUCGACGCGGCCGCCGUCGCGGUCGAGGAGCCGCAGCCGCAGCAGCAGCAGCGGCGGUGGCUUCGGCUCAGGCGGGUUCCCUGUCAGCGGGUUCACGACGCUCGAUUCGCAGGGUGGGUUUGAGGUGGCGAGUAAGAAGAUUCGCGAGGCGAUGAAGCUGCGCAGGCGGAAGAGCGGCGACGUCAGGAAGAUUGAGAUUGGCGACGACAGCAGCGAGGAAGACGAGGACGACGAGUACACAGAGGCGAGAAAGAAGACGUAG